GUUACACAGAACACACGGCGCUGGCAGAAGGAGCGAGGCACCAGGAAAGCGGUACGAUGGCUUCAUCUCAUGGGAGAAACGAACUCCGAUUCGCGGACUGGAUGGCAAGUUUACCGGAGAACAUUCACAGCAUUCCUCUCACAAAUCUUGCGAUACCUGGGUCACAUGAUUCCUUCAGCUUCUAUAUCGACGAGGCGUCACCCGUUGGCCCCGAGCAGCCGGAAACAGUGCAGAACUUCGUCUCCGUGUUCGGCACCGUGGCCAAGAAGCUGAUGCGGAAGUGGCUGGCCACCCAGACCAUGAACUUCUCCAGCCAGCUGGAAGCCGGGAUCCGCUUCUUCGACUUGCGCAUCUCCACAAAGCCCCGCGACCCGGACAACGAGCUCUACUUCGCCCACGGCCUCUUCAGCGCCAAGGUGAGGGAGGGCCUGGAGCAGAUCAGCGCCUUCCUGGCCUCGCACGCCCGCGAGGUCGUCUUCCUAGACUUCAACCAUUUCUACGGCGUGCAGAACCUCCACCAUGAGAAGCUGGUGCGCAUGCUGCGGGAGGUGUUCGGGGACCGCCUCUGCCCUGCCCUCUUCGCCCAGGAGGUGACGCUCAAGUACCUGUGGGAGAAGGAGUACCAGGUGCUGGUGUUCUACCACAACCCCAUAGCCCUGGAGGUGCCCUUCCUCUGGCCUGGCCAGAUGAUGCCCGCCCCCUGGGCCAACACCACCGACCCGGAGAAGCUGAUCCAGUUCCUGCAGGCGUCGGUGUCCGACCGCCGGCGCAAGGGCACCUUCUUCGUCUCGCAGGUGGUCCUCACGCCCAAGGCUAGCACGGUCAUGAAGGGUGUGGCCAGCGGCCUGAGGGAGACCAUCACUGAAAGGGCACUCCCCGGCAUGAUGCAGUGGAUCCGCUCACAGCGUCCCGGCGAGAGUGGCGUCAACAUCAUCACCGCCGACUUCGUGGAGCUGGGGGAUUUCAUCAGCGCCGUCAUCGCGCUCAACUACCUGCUGGACGAAGAGGAGGAGAACGCAACCUGA